AUAAAGUUGGUUUUAUGUUUAAACUCCAAAAUUUUUAUAAGUGAAUGUUUUGAUGAUUUCAUACUUUGUUUCAUAAUGUUAAGUGUAUAAUUGUAUUACAGUUGCUCCACAACGACAGAAAUUACAAUUUUAGCAAUUACGUACUAAAGAUAAAUUUUCCGAAAUCUACUUUUUGUGAUAAUAAAAUUUAACCGAAAUACUAUAACAAAGUUUAGCGAACAGACCUUAGUGAACGAUAUAAAAGACGAUAAGCAUGUGUAAGACGUUUAUUUGGUAAGGUUAGUUUAGUAGGUUGUCGAAUUCGAUUCAGACUUCACGCACAACAAAGAGAGAAAAUAAAUAAAAAAUAAAACAAUUUGAAAACUUCCGUUUGCACACAUAUAAUUGUAAUUCGAAGAAUAAAGUAAUCCUACAAAAAAGAAGAAAAAAAUCAUUCAUCGAAGAAAAACACUAAAGUAGAAGUUAUUAAAAAUGAAUAAUGAAAGUGCUGUCCAAGAAGAAAUUGAAGUUACAAGUCAUAGACCCGAUCCAAUAAAAUUCGAAGAAUUUAUUAAUAGAAUUAAAAAUGAAAAGAAUUUUCCACAAAACAUGAACAAAGUUCUACUAGAAAGGUACCUAAAAAUAAGCUUUAAUGAUGUUGACUGUGCAUUUGCUUUACUUAAAAGUGGCCUUGAAAUGCGAACGAAAGCAUCUUACUUAUUCACGGACCGCGAUGUGAUGUCAUCGGAAAUUCAAACGGCCUGUAGUACUUUUCAAUUUGUUCCUCUUCCAAAGAUAACAAAAGAUAAAUACAAAGUGACAAUAAUCAGAUUUCCAAAAUGUGAUGCCAAUUUAUACGAUAGUGUCCAAGUCAUUAAAGCAGCAUUAAUGAUGUUUGAUGCAAGUUAUACUAUUUAUGACUACAAAGAUGAUGGAUUUGUUGAAGGCGAAAUAUUUAUUUUGGAUGUUGAAGGCUAUUCAUUUAAGCAAUUCCUUGAUCUCGCAAAAAAUGUUAAGACACUUUUGUUUUAUACGAGUUUUUUGCAAGAUACAGCACCUGUAGUGUUGAUAAGCAACCAUAUUUGUAAUACAUCAAGUGUAUUUGAUGGCAUUAUGGGAAUGGUCAGGCCAAUUCUAUCUAAACAAGUUAACGACUUAGUACACUUUAAUCGAUAUGGUUCUGGAAUUCUUGAGCACAUUGAAAGAGAAGUUUUACCCGAAGAUUACGGUGGUGACGAAAAAUGCAUCAAUGACUUAUAUGAAGACUGGCUCAAAGUAUUCAAAACAAAAAGAGAUUAUUUAUUAAAUGACAGCAGUUGGAAAUUAACAGAGAAUAUGUAGGAAGCAUAAAAACUUAAACUUCAAUUCUUAGAAAUGAAAGGAAUAUUAAUAAUAUUUGGUCAAAUGAAGAUAAACAAAGUUAUUUGAGUUAGAACUAUAUUGUUAAAAAAUGAAUAUUACUUACGAAUAAUUUGAAAUAAAAAGUAUUACAUUAAAGUAAUUUUUAAAUGAAAAAAAUUGACAAGG